AUGGCGUUGGUACAACUGGUGUGUCUGGCUUCACUCUGUAUGACGUCAUUAUGGGGCGUGGUUCAGACAGUCAAAAUCCGUUCCUACAAUGUUGCCCUCCUCAAUCUAAUAGCCCACUACGAAGACCGGAAACCGAACGUAAUACAGGCAUUACAGUCUCAGGACUAUGACGUCAUGUGUCUACAGGAAGUGUGGUACGGAAGUGAUGUUUCUAGGAUACGUCAGACUUUAGGCAGUAGUAUUUCUGUGCACACAGCACCUUUGUACCAGGAGACAAUGUUUUGGGACUGGAUUAACGCUCCUCCGUGUCACAAAGCAGCAUUUACUGUUGCGUGUAUAUUUAUACAUUGUUCAUCAAUAACCAGCAAGGCAGCUCUCACAAACUGUUCUGUAGGAUGUGGAAUGAUGUCAGAAAGUCAGGCUUGUAUUUCCUGUCUCGUCGUUUCCGGUAAGGGGGCGCUGCGCUGCUUUGACUACACGAGGCGAGAGGCUAUGAAUGUUCCCGGAGUUGUACUUCUGAGUAAAAAGAAAGUGAAUUCUGUCAGAUCGGUUUUCUUUGAACCAAAUGUGAAGCAAAUUUUACGACGGGCAUACAUCGAAGCGGAGAUUGAAGGAGUAGGGACAGUCAUCUGCAGCCAUACAGCCUCUAAUAUUGGGGACGAGUACUAUGAACCAAACCUCCGUGGUGUGUACUCGAGCUGGGAGGAGCAAAAUCUCGCAGAUUCUCGCAAACUAACGGAAGCCGCUCGCCUGUCGUAUAAGCCACUGAUCAUGGGGGAUCUUAAUACUAGUCCAAGUAUUCCUGUUCACAACGUCACCGCCGACUUUGAGGAUGCCUACAACCAUUUCCUGUCCGAGGGCUUCGUGUCGCCGUACGUCACUAUGGUGGGAAAAUGUACUUACUGUCUUCAGAAUCCUCUUACACAUGGAUCUAAUCAUAGUCACGUGUUAGAUCACGUGUUUGUACGAGAUCAUGCAGUCCUCAGUGCAAAGCGGCUAUACGUUGAAGACAUUCCUAAUCUAAAUUUUCCAAUGUCGGAUCACUAUGGAAUUGAGGUUGAGGUUGCCUCAGGUUAUCUGUGA